AUGAUGGACGAGAAGCUCCGCGCCAUUAUGGAGGAGAUGCAGGAGAGGCUCCGAAGGAUGAAGGACGAGAUGCAGGCUCAGAUGGAGAUGAGGCUGGAAAGCCAUCGGGAGGCGACGCAGGCUCUGCUCAGCACGAGCGGCGAGAACACCCAGCUUCUCGUGAAUAGCCACCGCAAGGGCAUCGAGGAGAGGCUGAUGGCACAGCAAAAGGGCUUCGAUGAGCGACUCGCGUCGCUGACGCUGAGUUCGUCAUCGCUGCCGGAGCAGGAGGGGGAGCUUCCACUGACCCCGAGGGAUCAGCAGGAGCAGGAGGAGUCCAUGAGCGAGGAAGCCGCGCAGUGCUUGGAGGCCUUCCGGUUGCUGGAGUGGCGCGUGGGCGAGCUGCUCAAGCGUGAGAGGACCUCCUUUCGGAACGCGACGUCCUCCCUGGUGAUGGCGCUGCAGCAGGACCGCGUGGACAGAGAGGCUCUGGAGAGCCGGCUGGAGCAGACGGUGGAGGCCUGCCGGAAGGCGGCCCACGACACACGCUCCGCCCUGGACCUCGGCCUCGCGGACCACGCCUCGAUGGUGCGGGCGUUGCGCGAGGAGCUCAACCAGCGGGGCUUCACUGGGCUGCCGCAGGAGCGCGCGUGGCUGCCUGCCAGUGGCGGUCGCGACGGCAGGGGCGCGGGCGACCAGGACGGGCGCGCGCGGUCCUACGCCGACGGGCUCGACGUCAGCGCCAGGACCUCUCCGAUAUCGUCGCGACUGGCGGGCCAGGAGGACCGCGUGAUCACGGUCUGA